GUGUGGCUGAGUAGGCUGAUGAGGAUAGCUGGCACUGUGGUUGACAUGGAGCUGGGCUCCCUGGUGUCAGUUGCAGAGAGAAGGCCAAACUGAAUUUCAUGACCUGGGCCCUAUUUUUAGAUUUUAGAUAGUGAACAAAGGCAUGGUAUUAGUGUUCUGCACGUUCAGAGCCAGGGUCGCUACACGUGGAGACGGUGUAGAAUGUUUGUUUGAGAAUCUGACAUUGCUGGCCCUUCACAUGGCAAUCGCAGUCUAGACUUUUUCCAUUUGUGGUCCCUCGAUGAUGGAAUGAGCUACCAACUGCUAUCAGAGCAGGGCUGUCCCUGCAUAUCACACCAUAACACACUUUUGCUUCUUCUCUUUGCUCUUGUCAAGUUGACCAGAAUUAGUUUUGUGGUGCUUACUGUCUUUGUAUCUCCUAACUUACAAUAGUUUGAUUGUUGCACCUCACUUAAGUUGCUUUGGAUAAAAGCAUCUGCCAUAUGAAUUGCUGUACAUUUUGAAAAAACUCUCUCUCUCAAACUAAAUGUUACAGUUUGCUAUGUUAUGUUUAAUUUGCUAUGUUAAUCUGGUUUAUGUUUCCCACAGCAAAAUACAUCGGCUGCUACACGGAUGACACACACAACAGGGCACUCAGAGGAGUGUCAUUUUUUGACUACAAAAAGAUGACCCUCUUCCGUUGCCAGGACAACUGUGCUGAGAGGGGGUACUGGUAUGCUGGUCUGGAGUUUGGAGCAGAGUGCUACUGCGGGCACAAAAUCCAAGCCCCCAACGCCUCGGAGAGCGAAUGCAACAUGGAGUGCAAAGGAGAGCGGAGCAGCCUCUGUGGAGGAGCCAACCGCCUCUCUAUCUACCGCAUGGAGCUCAGCCAGGAGUCUGCUCGACGCUAUGGAAGUGCCAUCUUCAAAGGAUGUUUCCGCAGACCAGAAAAUGCCACAUUGGCUCUACCCAUCAGUGCAUCAAUAAGAAAUAUGUCUGUGGAUAAAUGUGUUGACAAGUGCACAGAGAAGGAGCUUCCUCUGGCUGCACUGUCAGGUCGUCAGUGCCACUGUGGCUUCCCCACCAGCCUCUUCACACUGCACGAGCGGGAGGAUGAGGACCUGUGUAUGCAGCGCUGCACUGGGGAAGAUUUUGAGAGCUGUGGAAAUGAAGAAUUCUUUGUGGUGUACCAAACACAGAUUCAAGAUCAUCGAUGUAUGGACCGCCGGUUCCUUCCAGCUCGCUCCAAGCGGCUGGUGGCCUUGGCCAGUUUCCCUGGGGCAGGGAACACCUGGGCCCGUCACCUGGUGGAGCUGGCGACAGGCUACUACACAGGGAGCUACUACUUCGAUGGUUCCUUGUAUAACAAAGGGUUCAAGGGGGAGCGUGACCACUGGCGCAGCGGCAGGACCAUCUGCAUCAAGACCCAUGAGAGUGGCAAGAAGGAGAUCGAGGCCUUUGACUCCAGCGUUCUUGUCAUCCGUAACCCAUACAAAGCCCUGAUGGCUGAAUUCAACCGCAAGUAUGGUGGUCACAUUGGAUUUGCCUCCCAAGCACACUGGAAGGGUAAAGAAUGGCCCGAGUUUGUGAACAACUAUGCACCGUGGUGGGCCUCGCACACUCUUGACUGGCUGAAGUUUGGGAAGAGGGUGCAUGUGGUCCACUUUGAAGCACUGAAGAGUGAGCUGUUCAUCCAUCUGAAGAAGGUGGUGGUAUUCCUGGGUCUGGAGCCGUCGGACGACAGGUUGCUCUGUGUGGAAGGCCAGAAGGAUGGCAACUUUAAGCGCUCGGGCCUGAGGAAACUCGAGUACAAUCCCUACACUCCUGAGAUGCGAGCCACAAUCGAUGGCCUCAUCAAGACAGUUGAUUCUGCUCUUAGAAAGAGGAAUAUGCCAGGUGUGCCCGAGGACUACAGACCGAGAUGAUGAAGACUUUGGGCCUUCUCUUUCCUCUUUCUUCCUUACGCCAUUGAUACCUUUAUUGUUCAUCACCCAAAGAGUUUCAUGGGACAGAGUGAAAAGGAAAUGGAACUGAUCCUUACAGAGACUAACUUGACUGUACAGGUUAGAUGGUCAGAUGAUCAGUUUAAACUGACAUUGAAAUGAGAGAAUACAAUGUCAUUCUCUUGUGCACACUUGUCUUAACUCUGUAACUGUCAAACUGUGACCAGAUUUAUCGCUCCACUGCAUACUGUCUGCUGGCACUUUAUUUGCAUCUACCCAGAAUUGUACUUCAUUUUUCUCACGCAAAAACCCCCCCCCCACUAUUCAACAGCCAUCCUGUAAGUAAAAACAGUAGAGUAAGUAGGUCCACAAUCUUUAAGUAAAUUCUUAUAUGUGUGUCCAUAUUUGUCUGAUAUCAACAUAGGGUUGAAUAAAAGAAGAGAAGAGGUGCUACAUGUAGUCAUUUUAGUUUAACCAUUAAAAAAGAACUGAAAAUAUACAAAGAAAUAUGUCUUGAUACAAUGCCAAAAAAGGAAAUGCACGAGAUAUCUACUUAAGCUGUAGCAUGUAACAGGCUAGCCGUUAGCACUUUGUUACUCAGGCUCUUGUCAUACCACUUUGUACCUCAAGAAGCAGUAGUGAGACACUGUAGUUAAAACAGCAAGCAAGCUUACCUUUCCUGUAGUUAGUAGCAAUCCCAUCGGUUACAGUGCACUCACACGUACUCAUUGCAUUAACAUUUGACAGUGGGUUUGCCCAACUUUGGGGGGUGUGUUGAACACAGAUGUUUAUAGCGAGAUUGACAGGUGAACAACCAAUCACACCACUAUGAAUUGCUGACUGCUGUGUAACUUAGUUAGCAAGCCGUUUACCUUGUGGGUAGUUACCUUACUAGCGUCUUAAAUAGUUGGCUCAAAGGCUUUGCAAAUCACCUCAGACGUAUUUGUUACAAUAACAGGGUUUUUACAUUAUAUAGUUAAAAUCGAAGCAAAAAAAGCCAAACAAAUUACAUUUAUGUACAAAUACAACCAUCUACGAUGUUUGGUCUGCCAUCUUUUUUUCAGUCUCCCUCUCUUUGGAUAUUAGCAUGAACACGAUUUUGAUUCGCUGGCGCCUGCGCUGGAAUAUUUACAUAAAUGCGAUCCGAUUGGCUGGUGCCUGCGCUGGAAUAUUUACAUGAACGCAUUUGAUUCGCUGGCACCAGCAUUACCGCUUGAAAAGGUGAACUUUUCUCCACUUUCUACCACAAGCAACGGAACAACAAUUCAGUUUGGCAGCGCAUGACAUCAAAGUCAAUGGAAAGUGUCUCUGUCGAAGCCUCAAAAGCGUUUGAGUGCCCCGUUAACAUUAUUGGUUAACUAGUUAGCUAGCUCAAAAGCUUGAGUGCUGAAGUGAAUAUCUACUGGGGACUAUUUGCCUUGACUAAGCUAAUGUAACAUUCAUCAAUGGAUGUUUAUGUAGACACUUAAUGAUUGCCCAUAUAUCUUUUUAUCAUAUAAAUGUUUUCAUACUACAUGUAGCCUCUGCCAUCUUGGUUACUUCUGCAAGGCAGAUGAGCUAGGGGCAAAUUGUUUGGAGUGUCGAGUAUGAAAUCAUUUAGCUGACUUGCAAACAGCUUACCAUUCUUGCAUAUAGUACCUUUAAACCACAUGUGUCAAACUCAAGGCCCGCGGGCCAGAUCCGGCCCACCAAGCGAUUUCAUCUGGCCCGCCGGAUCCUCAGAAUGUUGCAAAAAGUUCCAUUGAUUUGAAUGAGCCACGGUGUAAUUUUAUUUGGCCCGCCAGAUAAUAUGUAAUGUCAAUCAGAGCUGCUCUGCCAUGGUCACCGGUAUGUCGCACGCACCACUAAUACUGCUUGCUUGUUCAAAGAUCUCUUUGAAGAGGUAUCCAAAUGUGUAAAUGAAAUGGGGCUGCCUUGGGACAAACUUGUUGGACUGACCACAAAUGGAGCGCCUGCGAUAUGCAGAAAAGAGAGGCAUAAGAAAUGAAUGCCACUGACUUUUAUUUAGAAAUUUGAUCUCUGUGUUUAUAGGCAAUAACUAAUAGACCUAAGAUUAAGCCUGCUUGUCCCAGAUUCAAUAGGCCUAUGUUAAACUUAAGUUUAAGAAUAUAUCUUUUAAUUUUUUUUCAAUAAAUAUUGAAUAUGUCCGGACCUCGACUUGGACGGAGUUUUUUAAUCUGGCCCUCUGUGUAUUUGAGUUUGACACCCCUGCUUUAAACUAACCAUUACAUUUUUAGGAACUAACCGAAACAACUGUCCUGAAAUAUCCAACAGGCAGUGGUUAUCUUACACAACACGCAGGUCAGUCACAGAGAGGCAAAAGCAAAGGCAGCCCUCUCCGCCAAAGACUCUGCUAUGAGUUAUGCGCCUCCUCACACCAUUCCUAGCUGGAGACUAUUAAAGAGAAACGUUUUAAGUCUAGACUUCUCGGUCUGCUUCUCUGAUAGAGGAAGGAAGCGUAUUCCAUUGGAGUAUUACUACUGUAAUUUCUGACACUCUUGGAAUUACAAGAAGACCUGCACUCUGAGCUGGAGGGUUUUUUGAUGGGCAGUAUGGGACUAUUCAAUACGUAAAGUAUAGGUAGUUCAGAGCGAGGCUAUUCAGGGCUUUGUUUGUUAGAAGGAGUAUUUUAAAAUCGAUUCUACAUGGGCAGGGAGCUGUCAUGGACAGAAAGUUCCGGCCUGCCAAAAGUUCCGGAUGACGCAACAGAGACGUUCCGAUCAGCUGUUUUGCUUUUUCACGUGAAUGAUUUAGAAUCUUCAUGGCACAUUACUAUGGAAUUACGGCGAUAAAUACGAUAAACAUGAUCAAAUAACUUAAUAUCACAAUUCUGUUUGUUUAAAGAUCGAUUUGGACAUCUGGAACUUAAUUUGGAUCACGGAGUUCUCCGGUAAAGACUAGUUUGGCUGUGAACACAAAGCUAUCACAGUGGUUCUUAAACGUUUUGUCCGGCGACAGCACAAAAAAAACAUUGACUGACUUUAUAGGGCGACAAUUCAGUUUUACUUUCAAUGAUGAGACACUUGUUUUUAUUUUAAACUCUGAUGUAGAAAAUGCCAUCUAUACUGUAUAGAGUAGGUUCGGUUUUGACACGGUUUAUCAGUUGUCACGAUCUUUCACACCAGCGAACUCUGACACAGACACUUACCUAUUGAGCAGAUGGAAAACUCCUCUCGUCUUUACUGAAAUGCUAACAAAGGUCUAAUCUACUUCUCUAAACUAUGAUGAAAUCCCAUGAUAAAGAAAUAGUUCCUGGCUGCACUCUUCACAUGGCACUUUGCAUGAGUGCACACUGGGCCUUGUGUUAUGGUCAUGUGUGCACCACCAUGAUUGAAAACCCUUAAGCAUACAUAGGUUAGCAACACUUAACCAGCACUUGAUAGUAAUAACUAUUUAAUAAUUUAUUUCCACAAACAACUCACAAUUACAUUAUCGCUGUUAAGGCCAAGGGUAACCCUAAUAGUAAAAGGAAGGCAGAGGCAUUUGGAAUGCAAUCACAAAAUGAUUGAUUUAUUAAAUAAUCAAAAUUGAUCACAAAGUGAUCAGUAGUUGUAAUGUGUGGAAUGUGCUGUGUGCAUGUCGAAUGUUCCAGAGUCAUGAAAAGGGACUCGGGUCACAGGAGCAGCUCCUUGGCGCCGGUGUAGUCGAUCAGCUGUUAAGUGACAGUCCCGCCCACGAACACACCUGAAACCUAGGCUUAGGGGAGCAGACACAGAGAAAGGCAGCGAGUAACAGAGAAGGCCUGAUGACUAUCACAAAAACAGUAGAUGUGCAAUCAGCUACAUGGAUGUGGCAUGUUGUUUCUAAGGCCUGUUUUAGUAGAAAGCCCUCUCACCAACGUCAAGGUACAGGCCAUAGAGAGUUUUUUAUUUAUUUAUUUUUUUAAAUGAAAAACAGAAAAUGAAAUAAUGCAUUACUCAACAUUUUAGCGACACCACCCUAAUUCCUCCUACAUGUAGUGAAGUGCUGUCUGGUAGGCCAGGUGUGUGGGUUAGGGUUAGUGUUAAUGAUGUUGUAAUUAACACGUAAAACUAUUUAAACAAUUCAGAUCAACUUGAACUGAUUAGCCUUUGUAUGUACGGUUGCGGAACCCCCUGAUCCUCACUGACUUCCAUGACCAGUUAGACACACAUUUAUUCUGUGUCUCAGACCUAAAUAUGGGAAUCAUUAGUGAAAACCAAGAAACUCCGCCACCGUCACAAAGCCCAUCUGGUUUGCUUAAGGCACACCAAUUGGCAGUGAACAACAAACAUGAACAAAGGAACAAUGAGAACAACAAACUUGUAUUGAUAGCAAUAAAUAAACACAGAAAAAGAUUGAAACAACAAUUAUAAAUAACAGAACAAUUAUCUAACUUUGAUCACUGUACACUUUUUACAUAUAAACAGAUGACUGUAAGGAGAGGUGCAGUCCUGAUGGAAGACCUCACCACAUCUUCCACAGGCUACCACUGCAUCCUUACCUCUCCUCACAGUCCGCCUGCAGUAGCAGUGCACCUCCACCUCCAUGACGUAAACACUAACAGCAGAGGCACUCCUCCUUGUGUAAAGAGGAACAGAGAUGAGUCCGCAUGCGGUCUUGAUGGUACUGUACCAUGCAAGGAUCCUCACC